ACGCAAUGAGCGAAUAUGUGCAUGUUUGCCAGGAGAAGAAAGCUUCAGUCCGGCUUGAAAACAACCGUGUCGAAGCUCGCCAGCGCGGUGCAAAUGUCGAAAAGGAGCCAGCACAAAGACGAUGGGACGCCGGGGAGCAAGAAGAACAUUUCCCUCCCCGUUUCUAGAGUGAGGCUCAUCAUGAAGAGCUCGCCGGAUGUGUCCAACAUUAACCAGGACGCGCUCUUCCUCACCACCAAGGCGACGGAGCUGUUUGUGCAGCAUUUGGCGCUGAGCUCGUUGAACCAGCAAAACAACAGCUUGACUUACAGCGACCUCGCUAACACCGCAGAGGAGACGGAAACACUACAAUUUCUCACAGAUAUUCUUCCGAAGAAGAUCCUGGCCCGUGAUUACCUCAAGUCUUUGGAGGACAUGCAGGACCAGGAAGAAGCAGACCUGUGAAGCAAACAUCACUUUGCUUUUGUCCUUCAAAGCUUUUAAAAUGACUUUAUGCUUUCAUGCUAACAUGCUAACAGCUAAA